AAGUUGUCGUCCCUUUUUUCCUUAUAUGGUUACGCACGAAGUUGAUUGACAGAAAAACACGCCCCCUCGAUUCGCGGCCAUUCGCAGACACUACGCUGGCUCCACACUCUGACUGACACAGUAACCUGUGCGCUGCUGUGCUCCCCUUCCUGAAACAUUGUGAGGAAAGAAAACAAAUCUGCAUGGAUGGAUCCUUUACUUUUCAAAAUAUUUUAGUAUCAAUAGUGAACUGAAACGUUUCGGUUUUCGCGAUUGAUCUGAAUGUUUCAGUCGCUCGCGCUGAAGCGAACGCGGAUUCCUCGCGCAGAGAAUCAAAGUCUCUCAAACGCACCGUUUAGCUGCACAAACAUGGAUGUUCUGGCCAAUUACAGUAUUUUUCAAGAACUUCAACUUGUUCAUGACACUGGCUACUUCUCCGCGAUGCCGUCUCUGGAGGAAAACUGGCAGCAGACAUGUUUGGAGUUGGAACGCUAUCUGCAGACAGAACCCAAACGACUCUCUGACCUUUUUGAUGAGGAACUAGACGGCCUCCUUACUCCCUCCUUCAUGAAGGAAGAUGCGGAUGAAGACCUGUUAGACCCCCUCCUUCCCGGCCUCAACAACCCCCCCAGUCCUCCUCCUCCUCCUCCUCGCCUCACCCCACGCAAAGAAACUCUCUCCUCCACUUCCUCUACUGUGACCUCUCCAGACAUCGCCUUAGGGGUCAACGCAGCCCAGCUGAAUGCCGUCACCUCCCUGACACCUCCCUCAUCCCCAGAACUGGGCCGUCACUUAGUCAAACCCACCCACACACUCAGUGCCUCGCCCGACGGGACCCUCACACUCAAGCUAGUGGCCCGAAAGGUGGGCUUGAGUUCUGCCAAGCUGGUGACGGCUCACCCGGUCCCACUUUCUCCCCAGCACGGCAGCAGCGGAGCACAGAGCGACGGAGAACAGGGCGGCACCUGCACCAUGGGAGCUGGCGAGAUGGCAGAGAACAAGAAGAGGGUCCAUCGCUGCCAGUUCAACGGGUGUCGGAAGGUCUACACCAAGAGUUCACAUUUGAAGGCACAUCAGAGGACACAUACAGGGGAGAAGCCAUACAAGUGCUCAUGGGAAGGCUGUGAAUGGCGGUUCGCGAGAAGCGACGAGUUGACAAGGCACUACCGCAAACAUACCGGCGCAAAGCCUUUCAAGUGCAAUCACUGCGACAGGUGUUUCUCUCGAUCUGAUCACUUGGCACUGCACAUGAAGAGGCACAUCUGAGGAGGAGGAGGUGGCAAAAUGGCGAGGUGGAGGAAAAGAAGGAAGGUAGAUGGAGAGACGGAGAGGGAUUAUGGAAAGAAGCCGGAUACCACUCAGGCCGUUCGCUCAUCCCACCAGAGAGUGGCAUCCUGUAGGGGAACCAAUCAGCAUGGGCUGAACUCAGACCAGGUCUUGAGGUUUAGUCAGCCACGUCUGACCACGAGGAUGAAAAUUCGGAGGUCUACAGAUCUGAGAAGGUGGUAUGACAUCUUAUGUCACUUAAAGACAACGUGCUUCAGUAGGUAUUUGCCUAAUUCUCAAAACAUCAAUGACUUGAUUUAGAUACUAUAUUGCGUUCCAACUUCUCUGAGAACCAUUUAAAGCUUUCAGCAAUUUACAUAAAGUAUGCAGAUUGUCACAAACAGACCAGCUACCAAUGCAUCUGGUUUGAUUUACUGCACGUGGCGUGCAGGAAGUGUCCCAAAAUCAUCUUCUCAAGAACCUUUUGGAGAACAUAGUAGCAAUAGGAUGCCAAUACAAAGAGAUGGAUUUUUCUUUGUUUCCCAUUUUGAGCAAAGAUUAUAAUUCUGCUUUGAUUCCACCAAUCCACAGCCAAGAUGUAAAGUGGAGCAUCCAUCCAAAAAAAUCUGGAUUUCAAAGGUAAAGUGGAAUCACCCAUCGCUCAAAUGUGAAUCUGACUGGGGGCAGUGGAUGAAACACUCUAACACUACCUUUUUCGUAGACAGACAAAUCUCUCUCUUUCACGUCCCUCAUUGCCAACCAACAGCUGCGCAGCGACACUUUGAGACUUUUUAUAAAGGAAAAAAAAAAUUAAAAUAAAAAAGAGAUCUUUUUGAAUGAUGAUUAUGUUAUAUAAUUCAGAAGACAUCUUUUUUGCUUUUCUCCUGUGGAUGUGUACAAAAUAGAAAAAUAAUUAAAAAUGGACCAAAAAAAAAAAAACUGCCAUAUGCACAAGCGUAGAGUAGUGGAUUCUACACUGGCACAGACGCAUCUGAGGUGGACUUCAUUUCUAUAGAAACGCAAACUUUUAGUGGCGAAAAGAAGAAAAACAAUGUUGUUGUUGCACACGUUUUGAGCAUUACUCAACAUUAUUUAUGACCCAUGAAACGUAAUCCCAUAAACUUGGGUUCCUUCGGGAUUUCUAGGACUAGCAUGAAAUGAGAAAAGCACCAUGGUUUAUCUGCCGACUUCACUACAGAAUAAUGACUUCCAUCAUUCAAGGCAGAGAUUUGCAAUCACAACGUUUAGAUUUUGUAAAUGCAUCAUAGUAUGUCCUGAAAAACUGUCCGGACAGACAUUUCCCAUCAGUUAUUUUAGUUUGCACGGAUGGAAGCAUUCGCUGGUCCUGCAGGUGACAUCUACAUGUUUAGACUUGUGAUGUUUUUUUUUUCUUACACAUUGCAUAUCUGCCUUGUGUUCCCAGUAAAAACAGCUGUACAGUGUGUAAAUUGUAUAGUAAAAGUGAGGUUUAAAUUACAACGUACAAUCAAGUGUGGGAUCGAAAGUGUUCCUGAAUGUAAGGUUGUUUGAUUGUGGACGGCCCUGCACUUAUGCAAUCAUUCAGACCACGGAAAGGACUUAUCUGCUCAAGAUAGAUCCCAUUGUGGCUCAUGCAUGAAGAUCUACACAAAUGCAUGUUGAUGAAGGAAUAAUUCACAUCAGAUGAGAAAUCGGUCAUUGUUUACUCACCCUAAUGUCAUUCUAAACCAGUAUGACUUUUUUUCCUUUAUGGAAUGCAUUAGAUGGUUAGAAGAAUUUCAAUAGCAUUCUUCUUCCUACAGUGAAAACAGGACGCUGUCAAACUCCAAAAGAAUGACAUGGAAGC